CUCUACAGCCUGUGGUGUUUGGAUGGCCUUCGGUGGAAACAUGAUUUGGUUCGUCUUCAUCUUUGUCCCCUUGAUGCUGACCGUUCAUCCUGUCAGGAGCCAAAACACCAGACUCAACACUCUGACGUUUAAACAUUAUUCUGUUUGGGCUACUUGGCGACAGGCUCAGUCUGCCUGUCGAGAGAAACACAGUGACCUGGCCACCAUCAGAACUAAAACAGAAAUGCAAGCUUAUUCCGGCGGCGUAGGCUGGAUCGGAUUGUACCGUGAUAACAAUACCGGUCCGUGGAAAUGGUCCAGUGGAGAGGAGAUCGCAACCUUCUUCAACUGGGAACUUAAUGAACCAAAAAGCGGCGAGCUCUGUGUCUUUCAGCUCCGAAGCACAUGGAGGAGUGAAAGUUGUGACUUUCCACAUACUUACUUGUGUUAUGACGAGGACCUGGUUCUGGUGAAGAAGAAUAAGACGUGGGAGGAGGCGUUGGAGCACUGCAGGACUCUGAAAGAAGGGAACAGAUAUGACCUGGCAACCCUGAUCACCCCCGACGACCACAACUACGCACGAGAGAGAGCCCAAUACGCUACCACUGAGGAGGUGUGGACGGGUCUGCGUUACCUGGGCGAUGAGUGGGUCUGGAGUGCUGGAGAACCGGUGCAGUACCCGGACACACCAGGCUGCCCAGUUAGCAGGUGUGGCGUCCUGGAGAAGAACAGCGACUCCCUGUUUGGGAUCAGAGACUGCGGCCAGAGGAAGAACUUCUUCUGCUAUAAGGAACCUGUUGGCAGCUGAAGGCCUCCGAGGUUCUUCACACAGAACUUCCUGCUGUCUGUAACAACACAGAACAUUUAGAAACGUUUAAUACGCACACUGACAUUAUACACAGGUUUAGUAAAAUAUGUAUAUACAAUAAUGUAGAGCUACCACUAAUUAUUAUUGUCCUAUCAAUUACUGAGACAAUUAAUCAAAUCAAGAAAUGCCACAUUCUGCAGAUUUUUCAUUUAAGCACUGAAGCUUAUUUUAUAAAAUAUUAAUUAUAUAUA